AUCGAACGACUCACCAUCAGUUACCCACUUGCUUGUUUCACAGUUUCAUUUCACUCGGAUUAAAUAUGAAAUUGUUGGGAGUUGUCUGUCUUUUUGCCUUGGUGCUUCUUGCAUCCGCCGAAGAUGAAAAGAAACCAGUGGCUGAAGCUAAGGUAGAUGACACCGGCGCGGCCGAAAGCGCAAACCUCGAGGACAAAAAGCAGGACAAACGCGGCCUGCACGGUUGGACCAGCUUCGGUGGCUUCGAGGAAAAACACGACGUGCCCCACUUCGAGACUCACGAGGAGAAGACCUUGACUGUGGUGAAGAAGGUUCCAGUUCCGUACCCGGUGGAGAAGCACAUCCCGGUCGCUGUCGAGAAGCACGUCCCCGUGCCCGUCAAGGUUGGAGUGCCCAAGCCUUACCCCGUGUACAAGACUGUUCACUACCCGGUCAAGGAGAUCGUCAAGGUCCCAUACCACGUGCCAGCUCCUUACCCCGUUGAGAAGAAGGUCCCAUACCCAGUCCAUGUCCCAGUCGAUAACCCAGUCCCUGUCAAGGUGUACGUGCCAGCUCCUUACCCAGUAGAGAAGAAGGUCCCAGUCCCAGUUAAGGUCCAUGUCCCAGCCCCAUACCCAGUUGAGAAGAAGGUCCUGGUCCCGGUCAAGGUCCCAGUCCAUGUCGAUAAGCCAUACCCAGUUGAGAAGGUUGUGCACUACCCAGUCCAUGUCCCAGUUGACCGUCCAGUCCCAGUUCAUGUUGAAAAGCCAGUGCCAGUCCCAGUUGAGAAGCCUGUCCCAUACACCGUCAUCAAGAAGGUUCCUUACCCAGUCCAUGUCCCAGUCGACCGUCCAGUCCCCGUUCACGUUGAAAAGCCUGUCCCAGUCCCAGUCAAGGUCCCAGUCCCACAGCCCUACCCAGUUGAGAAGCAUAUCCCAUACCCGGUAGAGAAGCACGUCCCAUACCCAGUCAAGGUCCCAGUUGAACGUCCAGUCCCAGUCGAGAUCGAGAAGCACGUCCCAGUGACCGUUGAGAAGCCAGUCCCAUACCCAGUCAAGGUCCCAGUCCAUGUUCCAGUCCACCACGAGGAACACCACCACGAGGAGCAACACAGCUUCGGUUCGUCCGAUGGUCAUCACGAAUUCCAUGAGCAUCACUAAGUCAAGAAGAGCCCCCAUCAAUUCAUUAUUUAUAUCGCAAAACUUGUGAUCUUAGUUUCUAAACGACACUAACACCCUAAACUACUAACAUUGAAAGGAGAAACCACAUCAUCACCUGCCUACCAACUAGAAAAAAGCCUGAGAUUCUAAGACAAAAAACUGAUCAAACUUUGAGCAUCGUGCGAUCCGAGCCUUGAUCAACAAGCACCACCAGCGAAUGACAGUGUUGAAGCGAGGACCUGCCCCAAAAAAGGUAGGACUUCCAGCAGCUAACGAACUGUUACUCGCCAUAGCGAUUGGGGAACCUAGCCCAGCGUAGGUCCACCUUCCCAUUGAGCAAGUGGUGAGGGGAUCCAUGGCCGGAUCGCACGCACAUCUCCAGAGAAUCCCCGUUCGCCGCGAAAAGCCAGAAAUUUUAGUUUUUCGAACCGAGUCCAACUUCCUACUUUCCAUCUGUACUGUUCCAUCUCGGCUCGGUUCGGAGAAGAAAAUAUCCAAGCAUCGCAUUCCUAAACAAGAAAACUCUGAACACAAACAUACACAGGCGUUAGUCAUCCAUCAGAUAGAAAAUGCUCAGUCAAAGCCCAAAAAAUGCCCAAUUUAAUUUGUUGUUGUAUAGAUUUUUAAUAAGAGUGAAACAAGCCAAGCAAAAACGAGAGCGAAAAAAAGCGAGAGAGACAAGAAAUUAAGACAUAACUGUUACACAUGAUUGUUGUUUGUAAAUAUUAUAAUCAAAGCAGAAGACAUCCGCAGACACGCGCAAAGAGGAAAAAA